ACCAGUUCCUUUUUCUUUCAGUCAUUUCCCAACUUUUUUUUUCAGCUGACUUCAAUUUUGUUGGAAAUUUGCAUUAGAGAGAGUGAAUUACUUGAUAUCAAAGUUUGUUGAAUUUUUCCAAGUUUGAUUUGCUAUUGAGAACAUUUGAACAACGUUACCUGUUUGCUCAGCCGCUGCUGGUUGUUCUUCACAUUCUCAGAUUUCAUUCCAUGGAGGUUUACGGUCUUUCACUCCAUUUGAAAAGGACUUUCAGUUCAGAUGUAAUUAUCAAGACAAGUCUGCUUGGGGCAUGUCAAAUGGAAACCACCUCCAUAGAAUAUGUUUUAAACCACAAGCAACAAAGUCUUCAUACUCCAAUUUUGUUGAAAGCACUGAACAACCAGUAUCAGUGGACCUCAUUAACGGUUAUUCUUGCCCAGAUGAGGUAGUUGAUGUUAAAUGCAAAAUUUCUAAUGGAUGGAGUUCUUCAGUUGAAGCAAUAAUUUCACCCGCAGAUGUGGAACUGAAAUAUGUUGAAAAUCCUAGCGUAGCUGGUGCAGAAGAGAACCUAGUCGAUUUGUCAAACCAGUCAGUUGAAAAUGCCAACGAUUACAUGGGUUUGGAGGGACCUGAAACCAUAUCAACUAUUGACACAACACCCAAGACUCCCACUGCGGCAUCUAGCUCCCUGAACUUUGAUAAUGAUUCACUAUCCAAUGCGAAAACUGGUCUUGAUGAUUUUCUGGCUGGGGUUAACGAAUCUGUUAACUCUUCGCUAGACAAGGGAGAGAAUUCUGCGAAAAGCUUAUUGGUGAAAAUUACUUCUUCUAUAACUUCUGUUAAGACAAGUGCUUCUAAAACUGUAGAUAAUGUUCAAGUAUUAGCAGACAAUAAGUUUACGAACUUGUCAAAUAACUUGAAGGAAGCAUCAAGUAAGGCUACUAUUUUUGCUGUUGACGUGUUGAGGCAUACAACUGUUGUAGUGGAGGAUUCUUUAUCAAAGGGGGCUUCCUCUUUCGUAUAUUAUUAUGCUUCUGCUAAGGAACGUCUUCCGUCAGAGAUCAAAGACACAAUAACUUUGUAUGAAGGGAAAACAGGAAAAGCCUUAAAGCCUGUUGGGGAUGCCCUGCAAGAGGUUUACAUUGGUAUUGAGGGUCUGGAAAGGAGUCUAGGCAUUGAUCCAAAUGAUCCUAUUGUCCCGUUUUUCCUUUUCGUUGGCUCCUCUGCCACUCUAUGGGUGUUUUACUGGGUAUGGACAUUUGGUGGUUACUCUGGAGACUUAUCUCCUAAACUGACUUUGGAACUCUUGUCUGGAAAGGAGAAUGCUCUACUUAUUGAUGUCCGGCCUGAGGUCUUAAGAGAGAGAGAUGGCAUUCCUGAUCUUCGACGAGCAGCUCGGUCUCGUUAUGCUAGUGUAUAUUUACCUGAGGUUAAUGGCUCAAUACGGAGUCUAAUGAAGAGUGGAAGGGACCUUGAUGACUCCUUGAUUGCUACUGCUAUUCGAAACUUGAAAACCAUUGAGGGCAGGUCGAAGGUCAUAAUUAUGGAUGCUGAUGGUAGUUGUUCCAAAGGAAUUGCAAGAUCAGUGAGAAAAAUUGGGAUUAAAAAACCAUACCUGGUCCAGGGUGGUUUCCAGUCUUGGGUGAGCCAGGGUCUCCAAGUUAAGGAACUCAAACCAGAGACAACACUUACGAUACUCAAAGAGGAAGCUGAGGCAAUCUUAAAAGAAAUUAGUCCUUCUCUAGUGCAAGUUCUCGGGUUUGGUGCGGGUUCUGUAGCAGCAAUUUACGCACUACUAGAGUGGGAGAAAUCAUUACAGCUUAUUGGCAUUCUUGGUCUAGCCCUGAUUUGGAGCUCUGGCGUUUUCAUGGGUUUCCGGAAGUUAGAAACCAAUGGCAUUGGACUUCCAACCUCACCCUCGUCAGAAGUUCAAAUCCGAGUGUUGCAGGCUGCUGCAAAGCAUGAAUCUAAAGAUUCAGAAGAUCCAUCUGCUGAUGCAGUAACUCCGAUGAAUGAGAAGGUUGAUCUCUCCGAAGCAUAGGUGUAGUACACUCUUUAUUUGAUCAUCAGAUUGGUGAAUGCAAGUUGACCUGGCUCACUUGAAAAUAGUGAACGAAGAGUUUGCACAGAAACUGACAUGUCUAAACCGUAAGAACAAAAGUCCUCCAUAUUACCAGUUCAAAUUGUACCAAUAGAGUUCUGUAAUAAUAACCACCGACAA